GUCGGCAUUUCUGUUUUUAAACCGCCGACGAAAAAUAAUCUCGAGUCUUCUCGAAUCGACCAGAAGUGAUAUGAAUAAGGACUUCACCAAAGCCAACGACGCUUGUUGUCUCGACUUCUUUAAAGAGAACUGCUUCGUUUUCUCUAUGGUCUAAACCUGGAAACCUCAGCUUCCUGAAUUUCUUUCCAACAAUCUCAAUCCGCGCAAAAUAACCCCGCCUCAAGCUUGAGGUUUCAAUUACCCCUCCAACACAAGGCCUCAUCUUCCCUCCCACAAUGGAUCCAGGCAUGAACGAGCUCCUAAAAUGGAGUGUCGAAAACUCUUCCACAACAGUCAACGACCCCUCCACGGCUCCUCCCACAAACCGCCACCUCAACCCCGACGCCCUCAACGCGCUCUUCGGCGGCCCUUCAGACGCAGACCUAAUGAUCGCCUCCAUGGCCGCCAUAAAAUCCUCGGACCCAGAAAUAAGCCUCGAAGACAAGCUCGUCGCAUUCGACAACUUCGAGCAGCUCAUCGAGAACUUGGACAAUGCAAAUAAUCUGCAGCCAUUGGCGUUGUGGACGCCCUUAUUGGAGUGCUUGGCACACGAGGAAGCGGAGAUCAGGAUGAUGGCUGCAUGGUGUGUGGGCACAGCGGUGCAGAAUAAUGAGAAGAGUCAGGAGAGGCUGUUAGCUAUGAAUGGGAUUCCGCCGUUGGUGAAGCUGGCUACUGGGGAGAAGGAGGGGCAGAAGGUUAGGAGGAAGGCGGUUUAUGCGUUGAGCUCGGCGGCGAGGAAUUAUCAGCCUUCGAUGGAUGUCUUGAUGGAGGAGUUGGGGAAGUUGGGAAGGAGUGCGGAGAAGAUUGAUGCGAGUGAUAUGGAUGCUGUUGAUGUGCUGAUUGGGGGGUUGAGAGACGAGGCUUCGAAGGCAGCCUAGAGUGGGUGGGGACUCUGCAUU